AACCGCACUUGUUUAUAAUUCGAGAUUAUUCGAGAUCGGCAAAUUUUCCGGCUAUAAAUUGUUUAUUAUUUGGCCGCAAUUUGCUGACGAGGGAUUUCUCGAGGAAUUUGAACGAGUAAAUUGCCAAAUUCGAACAUGAACGCCUUACGUUCGUGUGUUAAGACUGUUAUUCUGGGUAAAGGAGUACGAACUUCGAAUUACCAAGGACAGAGAUUCAUCAAAAGAUUUGUAGCACCAACGCAAAAGGAAAUAACCAAACGCAAGAGGAAGCUCGGUGAACAACCGGAGCCGAAACGUAGCACCUUUCUCGAUUGGAAUAGAUCCGCGGAGGUUUACGCCUUCAACGAACGACUGUCCGAAAGUUUCGAUACGGAAAAAUUGGAGCAAGCCUUCACUCACAGGUCGUACAUCAUUCAAGAGGAGAUGAGGCAGAAAGACAUGGGAAUAGAAGAUCCCGUACUCACUGUACAAGACAACACUGAGUUUGUUAGGAAAGGCGAUAAGCUCAUAUCGGAAAUUGUGCAGAAUUACUUGGGUCAAAGUUUACCACAGGCACCCGAGGAUGUCAUAAACUCAUUACACGACUACCUUCUUUCCGAGGAAAUUCUGGCUGAAGCUGCUUCCCAUAUUGGAGCAAAAGAUAUCAUCUUAACAGAGGAACAUCCGGUGACUCAGAAGACUUUAGCCGACACUUUUCUCGCACUUGUCACGGCACUCGCGGAAAGUGUAGAUGUAAAUCAUGCAGCCAAUUUUGUUAAAGAUUUCCUGAUUGUUAUAUUAGCUGAGAAGGAUCUACUGGAAAUAUGGAAGCCAGAUCAGCCAGUAGAACUUUUAAACGACGUUUUACGAAAACGAAAUAGAUCGCCUGCCGAACCAAGACUCAUCGGACAUGCGGGGCAAAAUACGCUCUUAGUAACAUAUCAUGUAGCAAUGUAUUCCGAUAAAGAAUUUCUAGGAUCAGGAUUUGGUCAAACAAUACAGGAAGCCAAGGAUGUGACUGCCAUUAAUAUUUUAGGCCGAAUAUUUGGAAUAAUAGAAUCUAGUAAACCACUUCAAUUUAAUAAAACAACAAAUCUAGCUUUGUAAACAAAGCAAAUUUUAUUUUUUUAAAAUUAGCGCAGUAAUGUUAAAAUUAUCUUUCUUGUAUAUAUGAAAUAUAAAAUAUAUGAAAUACUAGAGAGAGACCUGAGAAUGGUUCUUUAAAAAAAAGUUAAGACAGUACGGCUAUUCGAGGAAGUGGAUUAGAUGAACAAAGAAGUUUAAAAAAUAGAUUAUUCGUCUUAAUUUAUCUAGCACACUUCAAUCUUAAUUUAACACAGAAGAAAACUACAAAAUCGUGGAUAUUAUCUACAAAUUUCAUAGACAUCACUUAAUUCCAUAUCCACAUUUUAUGAACAUAGAGGUGUCUGAAAGUAAAAUUACAGUUUUGUGGCCGUUCUCAGGCUUCUCUGGUAAUCCAAAGAGAGCGUAAUGGCAUUUUUUACUUUGGAUCAUAUAUGUAAUAAUCUCAUUACAUAUAUGCAAAAUACAAAGUAGAAAUAUCUACAAUUCGAAAAACGAAAUUUGGCAAAACGAUUAAAGGAAUCGGCAGAAUCAUGUAUAAAUCUUUCUCGUGAAUUGAGCGAAUAUAAGGACAAUUGUAAAAAA